CAAACGUACUGUUGCCUGUUUAGUUCAUGGCGUGCUGAAGAAAAAUCGACCACGAUGUUCUAGAUCAAGUUAUAAUCUGCGUGGCUAAACUUGGUUACCGUAUCAGUUACACUUAUGGCGAGGUCAUAAAGGUAACAUGCCAUUCAGCUAUAAAUAAGGCGCCGUACGAGUCACAAUAUUUAACAUUUUAACGACGAAUAACCAUGCAUAUUGGUUAUCAUUUUUCAGGCUGUGUGAUUAUUGUUGGGGUGCUGUUAACCGCAGAGUUAACUGAAUGCCUCGAAUGUUUCAACUGUCAAAACAUAGCUGAUCCACAUGCGUGUACUAACACAAGUCAAUGCUCAAAUGGCCAGUCCUGUUUCUUGCAAAGUGUCCAUAAUGGCAACGAUGAACGUUACAACAUGGGAUGCCAAAGCAAUCAGUUGUGCAGCUCAUCUGGUGUAGACACUGGUGCAAUCAUCGGUCGCGCUAUCCAGAGAAGACAGCAUUAUGCCUGCCACGAGUGUUGCAGCACGAGCAGCUGCAAUGACCAAUUAUGUGCUCACAGAAAGCCAUCUGCGUGCGUCGACGAUCCCACACUGGACUGUGCUCGGUUGAACUCCCUUUUUAACGUAUGUGCUGACGUACAUCAUGUUAAGGCGACUUGCCCAAAGUUUUGUGGACUCUGCCAGCUCGUGGAUGGCAACUGGGCAGACUGGGGGACGUGGGCGACCUGUAGUGUCACGUGUCAAACCGGAACUCAGACACGUGCACGCAACUGUACAAACCCGUCCCCAAGUAAUGGCGGACUCGACUGUAGUGGAUCAGCUGUGCAAACUAAAAUAUGCUCUAACCAGCUCUGCCCAGUACACGGCAACUGGUCAGAUUGGUCCCAGUGGUCAGGUUGCUCGGUUUCUUGUGACGUGGGUCUAAAGAAGAGGACAAGAACCUGCACCAAUCCAAAACCAGACCGGUCUGGAGACUUUUGUGUCGGGGAUACCAGCGAGUAUACAGUUUGUCUGACAGACCCUUGUUAUACCAGAAAUGGCGGAUGGUCUAGCUGGGGGUCUUGGCAGGGCUGUUCAGUUACAUGCGGAGUGGGUCAAAAGCUGCAACACAGGUCUUGUACCAAUCCGAGUCCAUCUGCAUACGGAAAGGCUUGCGAGGGUAACACGGAGGCGUUUGCUGUCUGUGUGAACAGACCAUGUACGACUGUUGCAUUCAUUGCACACGGUGUCAACAUCAUUUCAAAUCGGGUCAGCGCGUUUCCAACUACCAUUUUCAACGAAGGAGAUGCGUACAAUUCGAGCACUGGACGUUUUACAGCUCCAGUGGACGGCAUGUACUUCUUUAGCACACAAUUCUGUACCAGUGCAUAUGCAUACUUUGCCAUCGAGAAGGGAAGCGCUUCUAUGAAUAACAUAACUCGUCUUACGGCAAGUUUACAACAAACACCAGACGUAAGUUGCGCGUCCGCCUCAACGCAUGUGCAGCUGAGUGAAAAUGAGACGGUAUGGGUGCGUAUGGACCGACAGUACGGAUCAGCUAACUUUUAUGAAAGUAGUGAUAUUUGGAACUUUUUUACCGGGACUCUUACUCAGGAAAUGUAGAUGAGGCCUUACAUAAGCUUUUUUACUUGAAAUAAAAUUACAAUUUUCAAACGCAUCUGAAUUAUCCACAUUAUGAAUAUUUGUAUACUGUGGAGACUCAUUUAUUUCGUCGUAUAUGAGUUAAGAAUAUGAUGAACGUCUCACUUCUAUUUCUUAUGCGCUGAUUGUAUUUCGUAUAAUAUUGAGUUAAGAAUUUGAUGAACGUCCCACUUCUAUUACUUAUGCGCUGAUUUUUUAAUUAACUUUAUUUAUAUUGACGUUUGGCAGUUAAACGUUUAUGGACAUCAAUGUUUCGCUUUACUGUAUACUCAGUUAAAUAAAAUGCUGAACAUAA